UUCUUCAUAAAAAUCAGGAGUUCAGUGGCCCAGCCUUCCACUCCACAGCACAUAAGUCCUCAGCCUCUUUCUCCUGCAACAGAAGCAAUCAUGUCUUUUAUGCAAGAGUUUCUUGCCCAAGCAAAAUUUAUGGAAGAUGGCGGACACGCCCAGUGCACUGCUGAGGAGUCAGGACCAUCUCUGAAAGCAACUUCUGGGUACAAUCCUGCUUCAGAUGCAGCAAAUCUAGAGAAGGCCAUAAAAGCUAAAGGUGUUGAUGAAGGCUCUAUCAUUGACAUCUUGACUAAAAGAACCAACCAUGAACGUCAGCAAAUAAAGGCUGCUUAUCAGCAGCAAACAGGCAAGUCUUUGGAUGAUGCUUUGAAAAAGGCUCUCUCAAGCCAUCUGGAGGAGGUUGUUUUGGGAUUGAUGAAAACCCCUGCCCAAUUUGAUGCCCAUUGUUUGAAGAAUGCUGUGAAGGGUCUUGGAACAGAUGAAAAUACAUUGAUUGAAAUCAUAGUAUCGCGAACCAAUCUUGAGAUUAGAGAAAUCGGCAAAGUUUACAAAGAAGAAUUUAAAAAGGAACUUGCAAAAGAUGUGGCCGCUGAUACUUCUGGAGCUUUUCAGAAAGCUCUUCUUGCACUUAUCAAGGGCGAGCGCAGCGAGAGCACAGUUAUAAACGAAGAGCAAGUUGACAAUGAUGCAAGGGCUUUAUAUGAAGCUGGAGAAAAACGAAAGGGAACAGACGUGAAUACGUUCAUAAACAUUCUAACUUCAAGGAGCUGUCCACAUCUCUGUCAAGUUUUCGCAAGAUAUUCCAGAUAUAGCAAAAAUGAUAUGGCUAAGGCCCUUGAUCUGGAGUUAAAAGGAGAUAUUGAAAACUGUCUGAUCUCACUUGUAAAAUGUAUAAUAAGCAAACCGGCUUAUUUUGCUGAGAAAUUCUUCCUGGCAAUGAAGGGUUCAGGAACCAGGCAUAAGGAUCUAAUCAGACUGCUGGUUUCUCGCAGCGAAACUGACCUAAAAGAAGUCAAGACUUACUAUAAGAGGCUUUACGGCAAAUCCCUGCGCCAAGCUAUUAUGGAGGAAAAGCUGAAGGGAGACUAUGAGACCAUUGUCUUGGCAUUGUGUGGAGCUGACAACUAAGUGCCUACUUUUAUCUUCAAGAGGUCACUAUAUGUUUCUUCUGUCUUUUGAAAACUAGAACUCAAAUCUUCUCAUGCACCUAAAACAUAUGAUUAACAAAUUUUGUAUUCAACAAUAAAUGUGAACCUUGUAUGUUUA